AAACCUGAGUUGCUAAACAGUAGUGAAGGUUGUAUUUUUUGUGUGAAUUUUGAGUUGUGUCGUUAUUGUCGAGGACCAUCGAUUUGUGUCCAUAAACUUAACACACAUGUAUUUGCAUUUCUCAUUGCAAUCAAAUAUAUUUUUUUUGCAUGUCUUUCAAACAUUCUAAUUUAUAUUCUACAAUUUUGCAUUGCAGGAAAAUCCUCAUCGAAUAACAAAGAAGUUAUAUGCGGCGAUGACAAAUACAAAGAGGAGGGUGAUCUCUGGAAUGUGGAGGCCCAAACCGCAUUCCUCGGACCGAAUUUGUGGGAUAAAACUCUGCCGUACGAUGCCGAUCUUAAGGUAACACAAUACGCAGAUUUGGAUGAAUUUUUAUCGGAGAAUAAUAUACCUGAUGGCUUGCCUGGCACCCAUUUGGGACACUCAAGUGGUUUGGGCCACCGAUCAGAUUCGCUGGGGCAUGCAGCUGGACUGGGACUGGGUCUCGGUCAUAUAACGACGAAACGUGAACGUUCCCCAUCGCCAUCGGAUUGUAUAAGUCCGGAAACAUUGAAUCCACCAUCACCGGCCGAGUCAA